UCUAUUGUCAGUUUUUUCACACAUUUGUCUUUCCAAUAUGCAGGACUGCACUUUUUUCAUACGGAGCUUUAUAGUGAAGGCUUAGUGCAAUAAUUGAUUGAAUAGUUUCAGCAGGAUGGAGGACUGGGAGGAUGAGGCAGUACCUCCCAUUCUUAAGAAGGAGCAACCCAGGAAUAUGUGGGAUGAUGAAGAUGUAGAUGAGAAUGAUGUGAAGGAUUCGUGGGAGGAUGAAGAUGAACCUACUCCGGCACCUGCACCAGAACCUCCUGCAGAAAAGGUGUCAAAAGAACCUGCGACAAAAGCUAGUGACAAGAAAGGAAAGGCUGCCAAAGUAUCGAAACAAGCACCUGCUUCAGUGCCCCUUGAUCCUGUGGCAGAGAAGCUUCAACAACAAAGACUGGUGGAAGAAGCUGAUUACAAAUCCACCACGGAACUUUUUGCUAAGAGAGGUGACGAGAAGACUCUUGAUAAUUUCAUACCCAAAAUCGAAAGUGACUUCAUAGAGUAUGCAGAGCUUAUUUCUCAAAAAAUCAGGCCAUGUGAGAAAAGUUUCCAUUACAUCAGCCUACUCAGGGCAGUGAUAAGGCUAUCAUUGACUACUCUUAAAGCAGCAGAUGCAAAAGAAGUUGCUUCAUCGGUAUCAGCAAUUGCUAAUGAAAAGCUCAAGGCAGAGAAAGAAGCCAAUGCGGGUAAAAAGAAAACAGGUGCAAAGAAGAAGCAGCUUCACGUAGGUAGACCAGAUGAUGAUGUGGUUGUUAAUUCUUAUGAUGCUCUGGAUGACUAUGACUUCAUGUAAUCCCUUUCAGAAACUAUUUCUGUUUCAUCUUUUCUCCUGUCUACUAGGAUCCAAUUUCUCAAACGUGAAUCACAGAUGAGGAUCCUAAGGCCUUGCUUUGUUCCCUCCAAAUUCUGGAGAUUGAUUUGAGUGUGAUGAUAUGCGGUUUGUUGAUUUCGAGAAGAGUUAGGUUCAUCAAACCAUGUCGCAUAAGGAAAGGUUUUUUGAUGUUUUAUGCACAAUUUUCAAUUUUAUUUAACAUACUGAGCUAAGCUAAUAUUUUUUUAAUUUAAUUUUGUAAGUAAUACUUUUUCCUUUUGGUGCUUUGUACGUACUACAAUAAGGCUGUGUUUGGUGUGCAUCUUGUAAUGGAUUCUGGGUCUAGAAUGCAUUCUAGAA